AUGCCGAAGCUGUUUGAUCCAGCGCCGGAGCCGGUCUCGGAGCUGGGCCACUUCCGCAUCCUGUCGACGACCUCGAGUCUGCGCGUUUCGCCGCUGGCGCUGGGCGCCAUGUCCAUUGGCGAUGCGUGGAACGACUUCAUGGGCAGCAUGGACAAGGAGGCGUCGUUCAAGCUGCUGGAUGGGUAUGUGGCCAAGGGCGGCAACUUUAUCGACACGGCCAACAACUACCAGAACGAGCAGUCGGAGACGUGGCUGGGCGAGUGGAUGGCGGCGCGCCAGAACCGCGACCAGAUUGUGCUUGCCACCAAGUUCACGUCCGACUACCGCUGCUACGACGUCGGCAAGAACAAGAGCCCCAACAAUUCGGGCAACGGCCGGCGCAGCAUGCGCAACAGCCUCAAGGACUCGCUGCGGAAGCUGCAGACGGACUACGUCGACAUCUUUUACCUGCACUGGUGGGACUACUCGACGUCGAUCCCCGAGAUUAUGGACGGCCUGCAUGCGCUCGUGCAGUCCGGGCAGGUGAUGUAUCUGGGCGUGUCGGACACGCCGGCGUGGCUGGUUAGCGCGGCCAACACGUAUGCCGAGGCGCAUGGCAAGACGUCCUUUAGCAUCUACCAGGGCCGGUGGAACGUCAUGAUCCGCGACAUGGAGCGCGACAUUAUCCCCAUGGCGCGGCACUUUGGCAUGGCGAUUGCGCCGUGGGACGUGCUCGGCGGCGGCAAGUUCCAGUCCAAGGAGGCCAUGGCGAAGCGCGCGGCCCAGGGCGAGGGCCUGCGGACGCUCUUUGACACGCCGACGGCCGGACGGCAGUCAGACGAGGAGCUGGCGUUUAGCGAGGCGCUCGCCAAAGUGGCCGGCGAGCACGGCGUGACGUCGGUGACGACGAUUGCGCUGGCAUACGUGCUGUCCAAGGCGCCGCGGGUGUUCCCUGUGCUGGGUGGUCGCAAGUUGGAGCACUGGGACGACAACAUCAAGGCGCUGUCGAUCAAGCUGACGGACAAGCAAAUUGAAUAUCUGGAGAGCGUCAAGCCGUUCGAUUACGGAUUCCCCCACAACUUUACAGGCCGGGACCCGCUGAUUACCGGCGUGUCGACGGGCCAAGUGGCCAUGGGCUCCAAGGUAGACUACUCGCAGCCGCUGACACGGAGAAUCUAG